CGUGAUUUGUAUACGAUACCCCCGUACCCCGAAGAAUCCUUCUUUUUCGUACAUGGAUCUUGAUGGCUUUCUCAAACGUCUCAGAUGAUUCAGUACUGUCCCCUUCACCAGAAAUCGAAUCCAAUUUCAGCAACCCGCCAUCCCAAGAGACUCUGAUAAUUGGCAUGGGCACAGCACUUGUGGCUCUUAUGGUCCUGGCAGUGACAAUACGCAUAUGGGUUCGGAUACGAAUUUUGAAGAUAUGGGGUGCUGACGAUACAACUAUACUUCCAGCCGCCUGUGGCGCAAUCUCGUUUAUAGUGAUUUAUACCCAAGGGUUUCAGUACGGACUUGGGCGACAUGUAUGGGAUGUACCCAAGAGUAUGCUUAGCCCUCGUUUGACACUUCUCGUAAGCCUCUGCAGUAACGAAACACCCAUCAGGCAGACCAUUAAUGAACGGGAGGUCUUGAUCGCCAACACGACAUAUCCGUUCACGGCCUGCUUCACCAAAUUGUCUAUCCUCCUGCUUUACAGGCGCCUGUUCCCCGUCCAUCGGGAACGCUAUGCAAUCUGGACGGGCAUUUGGUUGUUUACCAUCCUCUACUCGGUCUUGACAAUCUUAUCUGCUAUUCGAGCAGCCAAGUGCGACAACAAUAUACCAUGGACCAACCCCCAACCAUACUGUACAUUCGCAGCCACCACACUAGCCAAAUGGACUUCCGUGUUGAAUGUCCUAAGCGAUUUCUAUGUCCUCCUUCUCCCGAUUCCGGCCAUCGUCGCUCUUAAACUGUCCGUGAGAAGAAAGGUUGGCGUACUGGUCGUCUUUGCGAGCGGGCUUUGCGUCUGUGCCGCCAGUUUGGCUCGAUUGAUCCAUCUCUUCAUCGAUUCGGAAAAUCAUGAUUUCUUCUGGAAUGAGGCAACCAUUGCACUUUCUGGGAUGAACGAAAUCAAUAUCGGUAUUAUCGUAGCCUGUGCUAACACCUUCCCUGCGUUCAUCGGGUGCGUGCGGUCCUGGGGAUGUUCGAUGGCAGAACCUUUUCGAACUCGUCGUGCUCGCCAACUGUUUCUUUAUUUAUAA